AUGCGCUGUCCGUCCGUUCUACUACUGGGCUACGCAGCGGCCGUAGCUGCCGCGGACCCAAGCGGCGCUACCACCCUCGGCCAGCUCGCGCUACACAAGGUCCUACAGGAUAGCCGAGAGGUCUUCGGCGUAGAAAGCGAUAAUAAUUCGUCCCGGCCGUACGCAAACUGGAUGUCCAGCGUCCCCGACGCCACGCCCCUCGCGCAUCUAAACAUCCCAGGCACCCACGACGCCGCGACCUGGAACUACAGCCAGGCGACGCAGGACGCGCUCGCGUACGCCACGCGCUGCGACGGCGGAGCCGGGCCGGCUCCGGCUCAGGUCUACCGGACUCAGCGGUACGGGGCGGCUGCGGCUCUGGAUGCCGGGGUGCGGUUUUUCGAUCUGAGGUUCGCGUUUGAUCCGCUCGAUCGGGAUCUCGUGUUCUGGCACGGGGCGGCGCUGCUCUCGGCGCGGGCGACGGUGGACGAUGUGCUCUUUGCGUUUUACGCGUGGCUGGAGGCGCAUCCGGGCGAGGCUGUGCUGUUGAGUUUUCAGUACGAGGGGGGGACGAAGGAGGGGGCGGGGUUUGACGGUGCGGUGAGGGAUAGGUUGAGGGGGGUGUUGGGGUCGGAUGCGGCGAGGAGGUAUAUCCGGCAGGAUAGCGGAAGGCUAGGGACGGUGGGGGAGAGCCGCGGGAAGAUUGUGCUGGUGAGACGGUUUGAUAUGGGGGGUGAUGGUGCGGAGGACGAGGUGUUGCCGGGACUGCAUUUGGGUCCGGGACAGUGGUUGGAUAAUGACCGUAGGGGGUUUGAGUUGGUGUAUAAUAGGACGAGUAACGAGACGGCGUACGUGGAGGAUUACUACGAGCCUUCGGACUUGGGGGCUAAUUCGACGGUGGCGGAGAAUAUCCAGGCGAAGAUGGACGCGGUGAAGACGCAUCUGGAGAAAGCUGCUGCUGCUGCUGGGGAUGCUGCGGAUAGCUUGUUCAUCACGUUUGCGUCGGGCGAGAACGAUGCUAAUGUCCCGCACGUGUUCCCGCAGACGAUGGCGCUGGGGAACGGGACGGAGGUGACGCCGGAUGGAGGCGUGAAUCACCAGUUGGUCAAGCUGCUGGGGGAGAUGCGCGGGAGUAGGCUGGGUGUUGUGGUUUUGGAUUUCUUUGACGAGCCGGCUGAGUUGGUUGGGCUUGUGUUGGGUUUUUAGAUGGAUAUACAUAAUGAGCUGGGAACCUGGCGGUGUCUUUAGUUGGACGUUGCUUGAUCGAAUCUACAUUGAGGGCUAGCUAUAUACAGUAGGGAGUUUAAGAAGCUGUCAUGGCAUGUUCUACUACAGACUUCUAAUUACGUAGAAUAAGUAGCGUAUGAAAUAAUGUUUAUAG